AUGAACCUGGAGCCACCCAAGGCCGAGAUCCGGUCUGCCACCCGGGUGACCGGGGGGCCCGUCACUCCCAGGAAAGGGCCCCCCAAGUUUAAGCAGCGACAAACAAGACAAUUCAAGAGCAAGCCCCCCAAGAAAGGCGUCCAAGGGUUUGGGGACGACAUCCCUGGAAUGGAAGGCCUGGGAACAGAUAUCACAGUCAUCUGCCCAUGGGAGGCCUUCAACCACCUGGAGCUGCACGAGCUGGCCCAGUACGGAAUCAUCUAG